AGGAAAAGCCCAAUCUCUAUCAAGCUAAAAUCUGAUGCCCUGGCCCAGCUAUUACUGGCAUUCAGGGUAUCUUCUAUCUCCUUAUACGAGAACGCCACUAAAUUACUUCUCUAGCAUCUCCUCAAGCCACGUCACCCACUUUCUUUGAAGCCACCAUUCCUGCUUGCACAGCAACUGAACAUGCUUUCUUUGGAGUCAUAGUUCCUCUGAACAAGCACAAAAAUUGUUGUCCCAUCAAUUCGUCUACCAUAGCAAAUGCGGAAGAAAAUGAACGGUCAUCCUUGCAGUUGAGUUUAAAUACAUCUGCUCCACCUCGACUACACUCGCCGCCCAUCCUGCUUCACCUGGAACGUCCUAACCCACUCAACAGCGCCUCACCACAUCGUGCCACCUCCAUCGGGCUUCUGCUCUGGCGCCACUAUUCUACGAACGUUAAGUGGAAAUGAAAGCAACGGUCAAUUUCCGACAGCUAUUCUCUUUCUUUUUCGGGGUAGUGCAUAUGUUACUUUCUAUUUCUGGAUAGAACAGGGAAUCAUUUCUUUUUUUCUUUUAAGGUAUUCGAUUCUUUUUUUACUUUCUUUUGCUAGAUCACCCGUCCUUAAAUAUAUUUUUUAUUUUUUUAAGAAGUAUGUCCUCAUAACUUAUAAAACAGAAUUAAAAAGCAUAACUUUCACGAUAAACUUAACAGUACUAACUUAAAAGUGCUUCUAGACAACAUAAGUUCGAGGAAUAGCUCAACAUUGUUAACUUAGUCGUUUUCCUGCAUUCUCUUUUAGGUUUGAAGAGUCAUUUUUUUCUCUCUUUUUGGAAAACUAGACAUUUGGGAAAUGGGAAGAGGGUUUAAAAAAAGGUGGGGGAUGACGACGACGUCCCGGUAGGAUAUAGCACUACACCUCUGCCGUCUCGUGAGGCUCAUGCCCAAGAGCAUCUGGCUGUAGUGGAAGGAGAGAUGGAUCUCCGGGGGCCAGCUUCAACCGGUACCUCACCAACGCUGACAGUUUGCUAAACAUAACGCCUUGGUAACCAUCAGACAAUGAAAUAUCGACAAGAAUAGUUUGUCACGAAACCGAUGGGCAAAUUUAUUUCUCUGUCAAGCUAUUCGUUACAGUAUUUGCCCAUCGGGAGGUCCAAGAAAACAUUUCCCGGUGGGUUUUGUCUGUUUUGUUGUCCGUAAUUUCAGUUUCCUUCAGUGAAUAUACUUAUGCAGUGGACCGCACGGCCAAUGCAUCGUUGUUGUGUUGUUCAGACUUCUAGUGAUGAUACUGCUCCAUGAUUUUAGAUUUAAUAUCGAAGAUGCCCUUGCAGCAUCCACUGCUACCAGGCCAGCCAAAGCGAAGCAUAUUGCUAGAGUUUGUAAGUACUUCACUAGAGACUGACAGGGUGACACGAAACUCUCACGAGAGAGAGAGGCAUUGAAGCAGCAGAGAUAGAUCGAGAGAUGGCGACGGCGACGGCGUCGAAGGGCGUAACCCACCGGACGCUGGAGGUGAACGGCAUCAAGAUCCACGUAGCCGAGGCCGGCGACGGCGGCUCCACAGGCGGCACGGUGCUCUUCCUGCACGGCUUCCUGGAGCUCUGGCACUCGUGGCAGCACCCGCUGCUGUCCCUCUCGUCGCGGGGCUACCGCUGCGUGGCCCCGGACCUCCGAGGCUACGGCGACUCGUCGUCCCCGCCGUCGCCGUCCUCCUACACCAUCUUCCACCUCGUCGGCGACGUGGUGGGCGUCCUCGACGCGCUCUCCCUGCCGCGCGCGUUCGUGGUCGGCCAGGGCACGGGCGCCGUCCUGGCGUGGCACCUCGCCACGGUGCGCCCCGACCGGGUGCGCGCGCUCGUCAACAUGAGCUCCGCCUUCAUGCCGCGCAACCCCGGCGUGCGCCCGCUCCAGGCGUUCCGGCGGCUCUUCGGCGACGGGUACUACCUGCUGCGGCUGCAGGAGCCCGGCGCCAUGGAGGCCGAGUUCGCUGUGAUGGACACCAGGUUCAUCUUCAGGAAGCUCCUCACCACCCGCGAGCUGGGCGCCAUCUCACUGUCGCCGGAGUGGUGGGGGCCGCCGGACCAGGACAUUCCGCUGCCGCCGUGGCUCACGGAGGAGUUCGUCCACCUCCUCGCCGCCAAGUUCGACGAGACAGGGUUCGCCGGCGCCAUGAACUCCUUCCGCUGCCUCGACCUCAACUGGGAGCUGACGGCGCCAUGGACAGGGGCGAAGGUGACCGUGCCGACCAAGUACAUCGCAGGGGAGGAUGCCAUGUCGUACCACCGGGUGAAGGAGUACAUACACAAGGGCGGGCUCAAGCGCGACGUGCCGGGGCUGGAGGAGGUGGCGGUGAUCGCCGGCGCUGGGCACUACGUCCACCUCGAGAAGGCGGAGGAGGUGACGGAGCACAUCUACCAAUUCAUCAAGAAGUUCUGAGACGUACUGCUGCAUGCUGGAGGAGUCUGCAGACCUGCUAUGCUAGCUAGAGUGAGGGGCACAGUAAUAUUAUGUGUAAUAUUUAUCAUAAAAUGGAAAACCGCAUGAAGUUUGCUAUUUGGAU